UGGCCUGUCCGCACGUGACCGCCCUCGGCUGCUGGAAGCGGCCGCAGGAGGGAAGAGGCGACGCUUCCUCGGGCGCCGGUGGCAGAGAUGGGCCCGGCUGCCGCCUUGCUGCUUCCCGGAGUGCUGCUGGGCCUCUGCUCUGGGGACAGCCUGUUCCCUAGCCGACCCUUCGUCUUGCAGAGUGGCCAGGGAGGCAGGGGGCUGGGAGGCUGGCGCCUGCCUCUGUCCCUGGAGCUGCUGGGGGAGGCUGAGGAUUUGUCCCUGCUGGCGUCGGGGCCCCUGAGGGACCUGCUGGAGCUGGAGCCGGAGUGCAGGGAGCUCUUGGCUGCUUUCGCCGACAGCAGCGUAGAGUUGACUGGCUGCUUGGUGCGGAGCGCCCGGCCCGUAAGGCUCUGUCAAAAUUGCUUCCGCCAGUUCCGGGAGAUGAACGAGAAGCUGGAGAACAUCACCAAGGCUGUCGGGAACACUUCUGAGAGUAGCAAGUGUGCUAAAAGUCUCUUGAUGUCUGAUAGACUACAAAUUGUUGUGAUCCUGUCCAAGUUUUUUAAUGAUACUUGGGAGAAAGCAAACUGUGCAAAUUGUUUAAAGAACAACAGUGAAGGCUUAUCAAACAGUACAGUAAUGUUCCUGGCCAAAUUCAAUGCAUCGUUGACAUGCUUUGAACACAACCUCAAGGAACAUGAAGACAGUAUUCUAGUGAGUAACUACACCCAAGUGUGCAAAAACUGUAGUGAGAUAUAUAGAAGCUUAAGCGAUACAUAUAAGAAGAUGCAAGAAAGUGGACAGAAACAUGAUGCUGAAGAACAAUCUCAUUUGUGCAUUGAUGUGGAAGAUGCAAUGAACAUCACACGAAGGCUUUGGAGCAGGACUUUCAACUGUUCUGUCCCCUGCAGUGACACAGUGUCGGUGGUUGCCGUUUCUUCUUUCAUUCUCUUUUUGCCUAUUAUUUUCUACCUGAGUAGCUUCCUUCACUCGAAGCAGAAAAAGCGUAUUCUAAUUCUACCAAAGCGGAUCCGGUCAACAACCAGUCUUGUGAACAUUCAAGAAAAAUGCCACUGAGCCUGCAGGAUGCAAAGCAAAGUGCAUAUUUGAUUAUUCUGAAGGAGAUUAUUAUGAUUUAGCCCAAUGUAUUGUAUUGUUGCAUGCUAACAUGUGACUCGCCAAUGGUUACAUGCACUAAUAGGACAAAAGUUUUCCACCAAAGACUCAAUAUGGUCUAUAAAGUGAAAGGAAAUGGACAUGCCACCAACCCAUACCUGUGCUUUUAUCUCACUUGGUUUCUGAUGAGUAGUCAUUCAUAUUGACUUGUUUUCCAUGAACAUUCCUAAUCUUCACACGACGUCUAUUGAAUUGGUAAUUAGUUUCCAUGUACGAUCUUAAAAGUUCAGUGUUUGUUCUGACUUAGUAAUGUUCUUGUUGUUUGUUGAUUUCCCUCCCCAGAAACUGUCAGAAGUACUGCCUUAAGUGCUAAUAAUUAUCUGCAACUUUAGGUUAUAAAUCUUAGUUCUCUAACCAAAUCAAACUGCCUAGUUCAUAGAUAUGUUUACAGUUUAAAAUGCCUUAUUGCUGGCAAUAAUAAGAGAGCAGAACUACUGAAUUAAGUAAAAUUUGUGGUAUUUUGACAUGGCACAUUUUUGUGUGUGUAUUUGAUAUUGUCCAUGGGUAGGGGCCAAAUCCCCCAAGAGCUGUGCUUCAACAAGUCCACUGACAUGAGUCAGAUUGCAUGACAGGAGUAACUGAGGGGUCAUGCUGACUGAGUUCUUAAUUUUUUCCUUCUAAUUUUUAACAGGGUUUAUUUUUUCUCUCAAAGCUAGACUUAUGAAGUGGCUGUAUAUUUCAUGGUACAAAGCAUAAAUAUAUUUAUAAAGACAGUAUUUUACUAUUUUUGUAUAUAUUGCUAGGGAAAAAUUAAUUUUAAAAAAAAUCACUGAAGGUGCUGAAUUGCUUGGACCAAAAAUUGGUUGGGCCUAAGAUAUACAUGGGUUUACAUAUAUUUUAAAGAAAGUUGUGAUGCUUUGUUUUGUUUUUACACACAGUUUAAAAAGUUUCUAAGAAAUAUUUUAGUAACAAACCGGGCACAUAGAUUUUUCUCUUUCAUUUUAACAAGUUAUAAGAAUAUACUUAAACCUGAAAUUGCAGACUUCUAGUGUCUAAAUUUGUGGUGGUUAAAAAAACCUUAAACCAGUAUUUAGAACCGCACUAAGUACCACAGGCAGCUCAAUCCUAUGCCCCGAAGCAGCAUUGUUGCUCAUGUGCCGACAUAAAUGGGGCGCCAUUCCACAGCUCCCUAUGGACUUUUGCAGGAGAGUCCCGCCAGCGCCCGAACGUGACAAGGCGAGGUGCGGCUGCUGCCAGGAGCCCCCGCCUGCCAUUCCCCUGACAACUCUGCUCACACCAGCCAAUGGCCACACCCCUCCCCUGACAUCCAGGUGAGGGACAAGCAGUGGCGCAGCCAAUGGGGAGGCCACAAUCCCUGCUGCCGCCAAUAGGCUCCCCUUCAGAGAGCAGGCAUCCCUGCCAGGGCGGGGGGCAGAGGUGAUAGUGAAGGUCCAGAUCGAACACCCACCCUCUCGCCCAUCGAGCCCCCAUUUCUGAUAAGGGCCAGGCCAGUGGCUGCAGCUUGGUGCGCCUGCAAAUCCAUGCCGCCGCCACCACAAGAAACAGGUCCCCCCUCCCUGAAAUGUAGGGCCAGAUAGUAGGGAACUGUUCUCUGUUGCCUGGAGAUCAGUUGUAAUUUUUGGGAGAUCUCCAGCUACCACCUGGAGACUGGCAACCCUAAGUAGUCCCCAGGUUCUGGAGAAGCAGGUGGGGGGAGGGGGGUCUUCAAUGAGUGACAAGAACGCCCAUUGGUAACCAUGUGGGAGGCCGGGAGGCCGUUUUGAAGCGAGGGGAAUGAAAAGCGCCCUCAAACUUGCUGCGGCGCCGCUUGAACACAUCACUGCAUCUCUUCAAUGCGAGAAUGUGGGUUGGACCUCGACAGCCAUGCCCCAGUACUGGGGAGAUGCCCUUCCCUAGCGUGGACUGACAGGCCCUCCCCAUGCCAGAUUGCCCAAGUCCAUCCCUGCUUCCGCAAACACAUACCCCACCCCCUGGCAGCAACUGCCCACGUGCAGCGACCAUCUUCCUGGCUUAUCAGAUGCCAGCAGCUCAGACUAUCAGAGAAUGAAAGUCCUCAGUGCCCCGCCCACACAGACAUUCAUGGGCCAUAGUUCAAUUCCCACCCCACUGCCUGAAGUUAUAUUGAGGGGAGGAAGGGGGCAGGGAGGCUGGACGGGGCACCACUUGAUACAUUUGCGGGGAUGUGUAAGAGGACAUGUGACAGGGAGUUGAGAGGGUGACUGCAGGCAAUGUCAGUCAGGCAUGCAAACACAGAAGUUUGUUGUUUUCCAAUUCGUUUUAUUAAACUGGAAAAAGUGCCAUUGUCUCUCGGCUGGAAAAGGAGCCAAGGCAUUUUGCGCAGCCCUCAUUCUGCACUCCCAGGGGCGAGGCUGAGAUGUGGACUGCCUUGAGAAUUGCUUCCUGGGCUGGAUCUGAAUGACACAGAGGAUUAGGGGGGUGGGUGGGGGGCGGAAGCAGACAUGCUCAGUCGUCUCCCAGACAAGUCACUGUGCCUGCAAGAGAAAGACACACAUGUGGGCUUUGCCUCGGUCCAUGGCUGAAGCAGAGCCCACACUCCAACAUCUGAGAAGAUGCACAUAGUAGAGAGCAGCAGCAGCAGCCCCACAGGUGCAGCUAGUGACCAGCUGAUGCAAGACCCUCUGGUGAGGAGGUGCUCUGCCUUGGGGUGAUUUUACCUUUAAAGGAGGAAGUUAACAGGUAGUUACAAACACCUUGUCAAGUGUAGUUUUUUGGGCAACUGCUUCUGGGGCAGGCAGGGGCUCCCGCCACUGUCCUUUCCCCCGCCAAACCUCACCUGAAAAGGCUAGCGGUCAGGCGAGUUCAAGUGAUGGGGCAGCCAGCACAAAGCUGCCCCACACCAUCUCCUUCUUACCUGUAAGUGCUACCUUGCUCCUUACUGAGAUGGAACUUCAGAGUCAGAUAACCUGCAAGGAGACUUGAGUGGUUAUUGUUAGUCAGCCAGACAUUCUGGACUUUGCCCUUCUUCCCUUGAUUGAGUGCAAAGCUCUUCCAGUUUUCUCGCUAAGUCCCCCCAGUGCACUUAGUGUCCGCCACCAUGAGUACCCUCUCUCCCGCCUCGUGUGCAAAGUACCUACGGCAGAAGCUUUCAGUCGUGUGCUCACCUGAGGUCAUGAGCAGUGCAACCGGAUGUUUUGUAGGGUGUGUGAGCAGGUGAUUGGGUGCGGGGAGGGGGCUCGCCCACAAAACCCAGAAAAUUCAACUUGGCCACUGCCUUAAGUGGUAUAUUAUAUUUUGCUUUGAAAAUUCUCAGAUUUCAUUUCAGCUGUUGUUAAACCAGGGCUAUGAUGUCUAAGGUUCUUUCUUGCCCUUUCCUCUGCUCCAGGGGGUUAUGCAUCCCUCAGCUUGGAAAGGAUAACAAAAAAUUCAGUUCUAUAUCAGAAUGAGGACUUCUUGAUGUGGAAACAGGAAGAGGGGAGAACAUCCGGUUCUAGGCUAAUUAGCCAUGCUCCUUUCCCUGUAUCUCUGUGCUUCCUGGCUGUCUUAUUUGUUGUCUCUUGCAGCUGUUAAUCCCACCGCUGUUGGUCUAGGUAGCCUACUGAGCAAUAAGCUUCAUUCCCCCCCCCCUCCAGAGUGGAAUGUGAGUUUUCGUUGCUUCUGGAAGCCGUCUUUACCUAGAUGUAAGCUGAAAGUGCUAUGUGGAGUGUUCAGUACUCUUGAUGACUCUUGGAAACAGGAAUGUGAAAAGAGAUAACUGAGAAUCACGGCAUUUCCAUGACACUGAAUAUCCAUCUUGAGGAAAUAUUGAAAGUAUUUUUUCCUAGCUUCUCAAAGUGCAGUGUUCUGUUUUCGCAUUAUCUUCAAAAAGAAAAUACUUCAUUUCUGUACCAUUCACAUUGCUAUAUUCAUAGAAAGUACUCAUGCCAUAUUCCCUUACCUUGACUAAAGGAAUAUGGAUCAUGCUAAGAAGGAAUUUUGCCUAGUUAUUUCUGCCCAAGAGGAUGGAAGUUGUAUUCCAAAAUCCUUUCUAGAGUCUCUUUCAAGUGGUCAUUGGAUACGCCCAUAAAACUACUCCUGUAACCUAAUACUGAACUACUGUUACUAAAAUAGAAAAUGUACAGCAGUGGGAACAUACUUGGCAAUAAAAUGCCGGUGUAAAUCCAUACAUCCACUUUUGAAGCACUUGACAUGUUUGUCAGUUCUGUCUCUCGAUGCUACUUUAGUGUGGAAUUUGAGUAAUCCAAGGUGUUUAGUAUGGUCUCUCUUUUAAUCAAAUGAAUUGCUCUUACUGAUUUUGAGUGGUUUCUCUGGCCUACUAAUGAAAUCCACAAACCACUUAAGUUGACAUAAUAGCAUUUAUGGUAGGUUAGUCUUGUUGAAUCAGCAAGGUUAAGCAGAUUCAAAAUGUAAUAGUGUGGAUAUAAACUAUUUUUGGAUUUCAGCUAAAAUAAGACAGAUUUCAAGUUAGAGAACAUGCCCUUAAGGUAGAUAGGGUGAUAGAAUAACUUUAUACUGUUCCAUGUGUUACUUUUGGAGCAAGCUGCCUGUUACUACUUCCUUUUAAAGAUGUCUGUUUUUGUACAGCUUGAGCUCAGAUUUCAAGAUGCUUGGAUUUAGCCAACUGCUGCUCUUAAUAGCAUUACAUUGAUUUGAGGCAUCAUAUGAUGGAGAGCAGCUCAAAGCAAUCUUUCAUUCAUGCUGAGAGAGCCUGUGUGUACACCCAGAGCUAUGGAACGACAGCUUUGCUCUCAUAAGCAGUGGCUUUUUGAGCGCAUUCACAUUAAGUAGGUCUGAAAGUCAUUACUCUUGAGUAUGAUGGUUAAGCACUUUAAAAAAAAGCCGCUUUUAUGAUUUCCUUGGCCUCUAAGCCAAAUGCAAGUACUCGUGAUUUUUUGUUGUUGUUCUUGUUUAAACUUAAAAUAAUGAAAGACAUAGCUUGUUCCUAAUCUCUUACAAGGUUUUUGCUAUAGUAGUACUUUCCUAUAUGAUUUAAAAUUGCCCAUUCAGAUAUUUGUGUUAGAUUCCCCUCCCCCUCCUUCUAGUAUUUUUCAACCUCCUAUCCAUGAAAAUGUCAAAAAAUAUGCAACAGCAAUUAAUACUGUUUUUACUAGCAAUUGUUAGAUAUAAUAAAGAUGAUUUAUUUGAAAA